AUGGCGGCCUGUCAGUAUCUCGAAAUCAGAGCUUCAACUCAGAGCAAACAGCCACCCAUUACUCGCCAUCCAACCUGGGAUGCUGAAGUUAGAGCGUUGUUUAGUGAGCCAUAUUGGACAUCUAUCGACUCCGAUCCUGAAUCCAUUGGGGCCCAUUGGAUAUCCCAGAUGCGAGAGUACAGUCCCUCCCGCCCUGCACACAUGCAUCUUGAUCUUUCGAGUAUGGAGUCUGUCCAACAAAACAUCAUUACCAUUUAUCAACAUCUACGCUCUCGCUCCAUGCCAAUCACAAAAAACCAAAACCACUAUUGGCCCGAAGAAGCUUUGGAGACUUUACGCCUAUGGGCAAAUCAAGGCUUUAGACGCUCGUUCGCCGAUCCGAUCCAAUAUCAGGAACUGAUAAAAGCUCCAAAUCAUACGCAAAUAAAUACAAGGGUCAGAAAAGACAUCUUCAGUCUCAGUCCAUCUGAAAUUCAGGCAUACCGCGAAAAGUUGGAUGAUGUACUUCAAGUCGGCACGAAGGAUUCUAAAUGGCAGGAGCUGGGAUUGCUGCAUGCUGAAUGGUGCUUGCACUACCAGGAGGCUUUUGUUUUCUGGCACCGAGCUUAUCUGAAAUACGUGGAGGAGCUUAUUGACUUCCCUAUUCCUUACUGGAAUGGCUUUGCAGUCGGAACAGGAGACCCAAGUUCACCUUAUGCCGGCCUGCCAUCGAUCUUCUUAGAUGAUGUCUAUACCCAUUCAAAUGGAGAGCAACGCAAAAAUCCCUUGAAGUACGCACUUUCUCUGAACGGAAAGAACAGGUUAGGCACUUCUGAGUAUGUCGAACGCUCCCCGGAGCUUGUUGAGGGUCGCAGCAAUCCUCUAUGGUCAAAGAAGAUUCAUCUCUUCAACCAGUAUCACCAGCAAAUCGCGCAUGCUUUUGCCCAGCCGGAAUUCUCUUUGCAAGAGGCUCAUGGGUAUCCCUGGGCUAAUAUACCAGACUUUUCAGAAAACCAGCCGGAUAAUCUUUAUCCUGAAGCCAGCCGCAAAUUUUUCGACGGUCUAUUUGAGCAAGUGCAUGAUAACUUUCACGGCUUGAUAGGACCCGACAUGGCCGAUAAUUCCUAUACAGCAUUCGAUCCCAUUUUUCUCAGCUACCAUGCAAACAUGGACCGUAUUGCUGAGGUGUAUCUUCGGACUAAUCCUGCACGCCAAUUCUCAUCCAACUUUCCUCUACGUCCUUUUGUGGACAAUGGAACGGGGUUAGCAUAUGAUGACCCUCGCGAAUACGUCUACACAACUCUAGGAGACAUGGCAAAACAGACUCCCGCCUUGAAGUAUCGUUACGCGUUGCCAUCUGUUCCCGACUUUCUCCCGAUUUCUCAAUUGCACUUUGGAACAGCAGCUGUGCCACAAGGUGGAACAGCUUUUUCAUUGUCAACAGCCAAGCCCUUGAGCACAACAGUUGCGUGUCAAGGACAUGAAACCGUUCCAUACAUCGUAUUUUCUUCCGUUUCUUGUCUCAAACAGUCAUUUGUGAUUGAUGUUUUUGUCAGUGGUGCCGAAAGCUUGGAGUCCGAUCCAAUUCGCAACCCCGAUUACAUUGGAAGCAUCACGAGACUUGGUAUGGGAAAUGGAAGGGGUGAAGAAGUGGGAAUACGGAAUCCUCAGCGGUGCAUGAAGAAACCAAUUACGCGUGUUCUACAAGCUGCACAUGUCAAGGAAAAACUGAAGAAUGGUCUUGGUGUCCAGCAAAUCGUCACUGAGCUGAGUACCGGCAGGCACCUUGAGGAAGAAGAGUGGAAGGGAAUGCCAGGGUUUGAAGGAAAUAUUGUUUGGUCAUAG